UCUCUGGCCUACCGUGAGAGACAGUCCGGAAUCUCCACGAUCCUGCAGCUAUACUUUCAGAGAUUUCAGCAUUUUUCCAAGAAAGACCAGCAAAUUAUGGAGAAAUCCUAUGGAUUAUUAUCAUUUGAGGAUGUGACUGUGGGCUUCUCCCAGGAGGAGUGGCAGCGCCUGGCCCCUGCCCAGAGGACCUUGUACAGGGACGUGAUGCUGGAGAACUACAGCCACCUUGUGUCAGUGGGGUACUGCGUCCCCAAACCAGAAGUGAUCUUCAGGCUGGAACAAGGACAGCAACCAUGGCUCGUAGAGGGAGAGUCCCCAGACCAGAGCUGCCCAGAAGUCUGCAGAGUUGAUAACCAACUAGAACAGAAUCAGGAAAUCCAGGACAGACAUUUCUGGCAGGCUCCAUUUAUCAACAACAAAACACUGACUAUACAUAGAGGUAAUGUAUUAGGAAACAUUUUUAAUUUCAGCACAGACAGCCUUCCUUCUAUAAAAAUACCCUGUAAGUAUGACUUAUGUGGUAUGAAUUUGAAAUGUAUUUCAGAAUUAAUUAUUAACAAGAAAAACUAUUUAAGUAAGAAGCCUGAUGACUUCAAUCCAUGUGGGAAAUUGUUCCUUCACAGUAACCCUGAAAAAACUCAAAUGGGAGAGAAACCUUGUGAAUUCGUUCAAAAUGGAAAAUACCUCAGUUAUAAUGAAGAUUUCAUUUCAUAUCAGAAAAUUAAAAAUGUAGAGCAAUCCUUAAAUCAAAGGAAUAAGGAAUAUGAGGAAUGCAGGAAAGAUUUCCAUGAGAAGGCACUUGUCCCAUAUAACCAAGCUCAUAUAGGAGAGAGUCCUCUUGAACAUAAUGAAUCUGAUAAAAUGUUCUGUAAUAAUUCAACCCUCAAGGUCCACAAGGUAACACAAAGAAUGGAAAAUCUUCAUGAAUUUAAUGAAUAUGGUAAAACUUUGGAGAAGUCAUCCCUCUUGAAACCUAGAGUUCAUUUAAAGGUAAAGGAUUAUGAGUACAUGGAUAGAGUGGUUAGUUUCAAUAAGUAGUUCCCUGACACAGAAGAGAGAGAAUUUGAAUAUAACAACUUGGGAGAACCUUUCUGGGAGAAGUCCAUUCUUAAUGUAACCCCGAGAACACACAUAAGAGGCAAAGUCCAUGAAUAUAACGAAUGUGGAAAAGCAUUCUGCAAAAAGUCAAAACUCACCAAACACCAGAAAAUACAUACAAGAGAGAAACCCUAUGAAUGUAAGGAAUGUGGGAAAUGCUUCUCUCGGAAAUCCCUCCUCACUUUACAUCAGAGAAUCCACACAGGAGAGAAACCCUACAAAUGUAAGUCUUGUGGGAAAUGCUUCUCUAGGAGUUCACACCUCAUAAUUCAUCAGAGGACUCACACAGGGGAGAAGCCCUAUGAAUGUAACCAACGUGGAAAAACCUUCAUAAGCAACUCAGUCCUCACAGUACAUCAGAAAACACACACAGGCGAGAAACCCUAUGAAUGUAAUCAGUGUGGGAAAUUCUUCUCCAGAAACUCGUACCUUACAGUACAUCUGAGAACUCACACAGGGGAGAAGCCAUAUGAAUAUGAGCUUUGUGGGAAAACCUUCUGUCACAAGUCAGAUGUCACGAAACAUGAGAAAAUUCACAUAGGGGGAAAACCCUAUGGAUGUAAUCAGUGCUGGAAAACCUUUAGUCGUAACUCAGGCCUCAGAGUACAUCAGAGAACUCACACAAAGGAGAAACCCUAUGAAUGUAGCGAGUGUGGGAAAUCCUUUUCUGAAAAAUCAGUCCUCACAGUACAUCAGAGGAUACACACAGGUGAGAAACCUUUUAAGUGUAAUGACUGUGGGAAAACCUUCUACAAUAAAUCAGACCUCACUAAACACCACAGAACUCACACAGGUGAGAAGCCCUAUGAAUAUAAGGAAUGCAGGAAAUUCUUCUCUAGGAAUUCAUACCUUACAGUACACCAGAAAAGUCACACAGGGGAGAAACCCUAUGUGUGUAAAAAAUGUGGGGAAACUUUCUACCAUAAGUCAGACUAUACAGUACAUAAAAGAACACACAGGGGAGAGAGAUCCUGUCAGUGUAACCAGUGUGGGAAAACUUUCACUUGCAGUUCAGUCCUCAGAUCACAUCAGAGAACUCACACGGGUGAGAAGCCGUAUGAAUGUAAUGAGUGUGGGAAAUUAUUUUGAGAGAAAUCUGUUCUCACCAUACAUCAGAGGAUACACACAGGGGAGAAACCUUACAAGUGUAAUGAAUGUGGGAAGUCCUUCUGUCAUAAGUCAGAUCUCACUAAGCAUCAGAGAACACAUACGGGAGAGAAACCCUAUGAAUGUAAUCAUUAUGGGAAAACCUUCGGUUGCAACUCAGGCCUCAAAGUACACCAGAGAAGACACAUAAGAGAGAAACCCUGUUGAGGGUGAGAUAAACACCCAGAAAUCAGUUAUCACAGUACAUCCAAGGCUACACACAGAGGAAGAAAAUUUGUAAGUAGAACGGUGAGAGAAAUCUUUCAUUCAUGAUACAUACCUCAAAAUACCAUGGAAAAUUCACAAAGGACGUGACUCAAAAGAAUGUAAACAAUGGCAAAUCUCUUACCAGAAGUAUUCUUCCAGAGCAAACAAGAGCAUACUUAUGGGGGAAAAUACUCUGAAUUUGAUGAGUUUUUGAAAAUUUGUCAUAAACAAGGCAACUGAAAAAGACAGCAUGUAGAAGAAAGCAUACUAAUGCAUAUAGGGAAUAUGGGGAAUUAUUUUAUUAUGAAUUAGAGCUUAUUAAACCAAGAAUUUACAUAGGAGAUAAUCCAGUCAAUUAAACAGAUACAUAAAAAUGUUCUUCCGGAAUUUGGCCAUUAAUAAUCAGAGAAACCACACUUGGGGAAAACUGUCAGCAUCUUGUAUUUUUUUCGAGACCUUCAUCUACAAGUUGUGCACAUUGUAUGUCAGGGAAAUAACAGGGGAGAUGCCCAAAGAAUGCAGCAAACAUAGUUGAGCAACUUUGUCAGAAAUGCCAUAUGUUGAGCAACACAAUUGAUAGAGGAAGUCACAAAGAUGUUUUGACUGUACAGGCCUUGACAAAAUUCCUGAAGAUUGUAUUGAAGGAAGUAUGUCUUUAGGAAAUAUAGACAGAAAUUUUCCUUUAGAGCUCUUAUUCCUAAAGUUAUGUUUUUCUCUGAUCUCAAAAAUUUUUAAUAGAAAUAAAGCUGAAGGUGGAUAUUUAUAAAAAUAUUAACCAUGGAAUGUGAAGUUUUUGAAAAGAACAAACAAUAAUCUUCUCAGACUCUGAUUUCACUUUUGGAGAAACAUGUUAUCACCCCAUGACAUUCCCUAUCAUGAGCCAUUGUGUUUUUUUGAUUUGUCUGCCUCACAACUAUGCUGUUAUGUCUGCAAAUAAUGUGUGACGGUCUGGUUCAUCCUGGGGUCUACUCUAGGGAUUCCCACCAUGGACUAGCCCACCCCAGAGUGUACACCGCCACCAGUCAGAGGCCUCUGAAGGAGGUGUCUGCUCCUCUUUGUAGCUUCUGGAACCAGAAAUAACAUUGAGUAGUACUCUAGCGUGACCUUUGUGCCCCAAUUCAAAUUUACAGGAAGAGCAUCAUAGCAUUCUUGCUUGAAUUCAAGCCUCUUGACCCAAUUAUAGCCCACCCUGCCAGGGGAGAGAAACUUGGUGUUGUUUUAGUGAAAUAUUUCCUGUGUGUGUCAAAUUAUGAACAAUAGCUUAACCAUUGGUGUGCCUACGUGCCUUCUGCAGGUUGGGAGUAAUGUAUUACAAGAAUAGUUGAAGUAUCUGCAUGCUGUCCUCAAAACUAUCCCAUAGUCUCUAACUUUUUCCACCUUCAUCAUUUCUCUCAAUUUGGCUAAUAUUGAUCCCAUGUCUCAUUACUUUUAUAAUAAUAUUUGUGUGUGUGUGUGUGUGUGUGUGAUUAUUUUGCUAGCGUAUCAGUGAGAACACAUAUUUUGCAACUUGGUUUUGUCUUCAGAUGCAUGGUUUUGAUAUUUAUACAUAUAAUUUAGUUGAUAUGGUUUUACAAAGCAAAAUAUAUGAUUAUGUAACUGUAACAAUAAUGUCUAAUUUUCUGUCUGAUUUUCAAAAUUUUAUGAGUUUCAUUAUUAAAACAAUAAUGUUUCAGAAUUUAAAAAUCAACUCUGGAUAAUCAUUUAAAUAUGGCUAAAUAUGUCCUA